GGUGAUAUUUAUUAAGCAGUUAACGGAAAGAAAUCUUGAUCUUUUUCUGUAAAAUAAGCAAGUUUGAAUAGGGUUAACAGGUCGUCAAUUUGAUUUAGUUGGACAAAGCUUUUCUGUUUCAUCUCACUGGAUGAUCGGGAUGAGAUUCUCUGAAUGUUUUGUCGUUCUUAUGAUAUUUUGUGGGCUGUCGAUGCGAAGAUCAGCUGCAGCUCAAUAUCCCCCGUGUGAUGAGAUGUUGAAGACAAUUUCAAAAUCUAAUCCAGUGUACGAAAUGUUGUCUACUUUAUGCGAUGUUGUCAACAUUGUCGCCAGUAAUUUUUCAAUGUCUGUUUCUGAUCCAGAAGCAAGCCGCGAUGAGCGACUAGUUGUGAUCACAGCACUCAAACACGAAAUUAUUGUGAUGACUGAACGUAUUGCGGGAGAAAAAAACUUCAGUGUGUUUAAAGUUCCCGGCAUGCAAGACGGAAUAUAUGUUGAUUACGAUUCUGUCGAGGGCUAUGUGUAUUGGGCAUGGGAAGGGUUUCAUAAAGCAAGACUUGACGGAAAAGGUAAUUUAUUGAUACCGUGAUAAUUUUUUUGGACAACGUUCACAAAUUUUGCAUCUUUCAAGAAUACAAACACUUUAUGAAUGCAAGUGAAACGUGUGAAGGUUUGGCGAUUGAUUGGGUGGCGAGAAAUUUAUACUGGGUUGAAUAUACAAACAAAAUAAAAGUAUCGCGUAUGAACGGAAGCUUGCAGAAAACAUUGGUCGGUGCGGAUGAUUUGGAUACACCAAGGGGUAUAGCCGUUGAUCCAUUGAGAGGAAAAUUGUAUUGGGGUGAAUGGGGUUUCAAACCAAGAAUUGCAUCUGCAUGGAUGGAUGGGACAAAUUCAAAAACAUUGGUUGACGAAGACAUUAUGUGGCCAAAUGGAAUUACAUUAGACAUUGAACGGAAUGUAAUAUACUGGAUUGAUGCUAGGUUUAAUACUAUAUCAGUCGUCAACACCGACGGCUCUGGUAGAAAACAACUUCUGUCGACAUCUUCAUUAUCUCAGAGGUCUCUCCUAUUUGGAAUAAACUAUGUAGACAAUCACAUAUAUUGGACUGACUGGCUGAAAAGAAAUCUCGAAAGCUUCAACGUGAAUACAAAUGAGACAAAGACCCUUCUACAUACCAACAUUCCAAUAAAUGGAGUCAAAGCUACGAAACUGUACCCCCCGCCAGGAAUUACAAAUCAAUGUGGGGUAUUUAACGGGGGAUGUUGGCAUCUUUGUCUUUAUACACCCAAGGGGCCAAGCUGCAACUGCGCGGAUGGAUGGAAACUCGAUGAACACGGAGCAUGCACUGAAACUGAUAUUGUCGUUUAAUAAAAAUUGGAAUAUCGUAAACUGAUUUAACUACUCUUUAUAACAAUGGCUGUAUAGAAUUGCAACUUUAAAUGGCUUAUUCAUAUUUGUGCAAAUACUUAUACAUUUUUUUCAACCACAAUAUCAUGUCUGUGUUAUAUUUCAUUUGUAUUAAACGGAUCAUAGUACGUGAUAAUAAAUUGUGCAUAGAUUUACUAGAUUUCAAGGUUUGUUUAGUUGAAUAGAUUUUGAAAGUAUCAGUUAUCAAAAACUAAGAAUCAUUGCUUUAUACAUCUUGGUAAACAGACGCAAAUACUGGCACAAAGUACAUGUAUUUUUGUCGCCCACUUGCUGGUCCUGAAUAGGCUUCAGAAACUACUGAAUGACGUACUCUCACCUCAAUACAGUA